GGAAGAGCCGCCGGCGAGCCUCACCCCCAGGCGCGCGGGAGCCGCAGCGGGGCGGGACGCGGCCGGCGAGCGGGCGCGGCGGCUGCCACCUUGUUUGGGCAGCCCGUGGAGUCGCCGCGCCGAGUCCCGCCCGAGGAGGGACAGCGUCUGCUUAGAUCUGCGUCUAAAUUUAAACGCGCUCGCCGCGCUCCGCCCCGCCCUCCGCCUCGGGCCUCCUCCCCGCUGCGCUCGCCCGCUCGCGGCCAGUCCUGCGCCUCGCCUCGCCCGCCGCAGCGCGACCGCUGGGGACAUGGAGGAAAGGCCAGCAGAGACAAAUGCCAAUGUGGACAGCUCAGCGUCCCCGUCGGUGGCCCAGCUGGCCGGGCUGUUUCGGGAGCAGGCAGCUGCAGCCACGGAGACACCAGCCUCUAAGCCAACAAGAAGGAAACCACCCUGCUCCCUCCCCUUGUUCCCCCCCAAGGCAGAGCUGGGCCAGAACGGUGAGCAGAAAUCGCCGCCCAGUGUCAGCCACCCUCCCAAGAUCAAGGUGAAGAGCUCGCCCCUGAUCGAGAAGCUCCAGGCCAAUUUAGCCUUCGACCCAGCGGCUCUGCUGCCCGGGGCCUCACCCAAGAGUCCGGGACUCAAGGCCAUGGUGUCGCCGUUUCACAGCCCCCCCUCCACCCCCAGCAGCCCAGGUGUGCGGCCCCGGCCUGGCGAGGCGGAGCAGGUGCCUGUCAGCUUCGACCAGCCGCCAGAAGGGAGUCACCUGCCCUGUUACAACAAGGUGCGGACAAGGGGCUCCAUAAAAAGGCGCCCUCCCUCCAGGCGGUUCCGAAGGUCUCAGUCGGACUGCGGAGAGCUGGGAGAUCUCAGGGCCCUGGAGGCAUCUCAGGAGAAUGGCACCAGGGAAGAGAACGGAGAUGAAGUGUUCACAGCCUCGAGCAAGACCCCAGGGGCGCCCCCAGCCAGCGAGGGGGCAGAGGGCGAGGGAUCCACGAGAGCCCCUGGACCGGCAGGGAAGCCUCCUCCAGGGACGUCCAGCAGGACAGAGAAGCAGGAGGAGAAGGCCAGCACCCCAGGGGAGGCCAAGCAAGGCGAGAAGGCCGGGCAGAAUUCCAAAACCGCCAGCCAGGGCCCAGCACAGGAGGCCCCAGAACCUCCAGGAACAGCGAGCCCAGAGAGAGAGGCUGGAGGAGGGGGCCCAGUGCAGGAGGAAACAGCUGGCGAGGAGGAGAAGGCGACGUCCACAGAGGAGGAGGUGGAAAGGGCCGAAAACCAAGAGGACAGGCCUGGACACAAGAGCCAAGAUGCCGAGGAGCCAGAGCAGGGUGCUGUCGGGGACCAGGCCCCACAACCUCCUCCUGAAGACCUGAAGGGUAGCGAUGUCCCUGCGCAGGAGAAAGGCCCGGGAGAGCAAGAGAAGGGGGCAGCUCUGGAGCCAGGCUCCGGCCCUGGUACUCUCCAGGAGACCAGCAGCAAGAUGCCCACGGACGACAGCCCCUUCCAGGAUACUAAAAUGUGAAGAAGAGCUCGGGUCCCCAGGGCAAAGCUGCUAGAGACAGCUCUUUGGAAGUGACAGCAACAAUGGUAGCAGCAGUGAAUGAAGCCGUCACAGAAGCAGAAGGCACUGUGUCUGCAGCCGGCAGGGGACACAGGGUCCACUGCUUCCUGGCCCCCAUGCUGAACGUUCCCUGGCAGGUGAAGAGUGACUCCAAGGGCAACAGGCCUAUCAGCUUGAGUCUGUGUCAUCUGAUGGACUCAGUCGGUGCUUAAAGCAAUUGACCCCGAGUGGUGACAGCCCCCAGCAGCCCACGGGGCCCUGGACACCACCCUUUCCCCCUCUCCUUGCAGCCCAAGCUGGCCAGAUGCCACCUGUGUAAAGUUACAGCCUUUUCACUGUCCUAAGAUUUUCAUGGUUCUCAAAUGUCAGUAAAAAUUAAUUUUAGGUGGACGGAAACAAAAGAAAAUCGUCCAGCUGAAAAUAGAAUUACUGUAAGUCAUAGAAAGCCUUAAAUCGUGUCAAGGCCCUAGAGACGGCUCUUCGGCUUGCUGCAAGUGUGAGCUGGCCAGCCAAGUUUGAAAACAUUGGACCCAAAGAGAUAAUUAUUGAAACCUUAGAAAGCUUGCCGUUCCGAGCUCAGGAGCUUUCCUGUCCCUGAUUCUCUAGCUGAGACUCCAGCAGGUGCUGGCUCCGUGCACUGCCUGCUGCCACCAGGAGGGGGCCAGAGGGCCUCCCACAGACAGGCAGGUGGCCGGAGGAGAGCCGCGUGGGCCGAUUCCACCCUGCGAGGCUGUUGGUGACCCUCAAGUGCCCACUGGAUGUCUGCAGGAGGAGCCUCGAGUGCCAGGAUCACGUCCCCUGCGGAAACAGCCUUCCUGGCUUCCCUGUUCGGAGCCUUUCCAGAACCUCUGCCCACGCUUCUCCCUGACUCACGCAGUCGGGCAAGCCUGGUGGCGUUCGCUCCAGCCCUGUUGGAGAGAGUGUGAGGGCGCCAGGGCCUGGCCACCGCCUUUGACCUGUGCCCCCGCCUCUCACGCCUGCCAGCCUUGCUCCAGUUUGGUGGCUAGAGCCUCAGCUGCUGGCGUGUCAGCGGGAGCCCCUGUUCUGGAGGCCUGCAAGGCACCCAGCCCUGACGUCACAGGCCGUGCCAGACAGCAAGGCCCGAUGUCACCAGCGGUACCUCAGUUUCCUCAUCCAAUUUAGAGUUCUUCUAAAUCCAGCAUAGUGUUAAUAUUUGGGAUAUAUCUAUUUUUUUCAAAUUGUUUUUAAAUAGUUUGUAACUUGUAACAAAUUUGGAACCUGGCUGAGCCUCCUACUGUCAUUGCUUCGAUAAACUCUGGAUUUUAACAGAA